AUGGACCCUAUAGCUAGCAAGUAUCCAUAUUGGAAACGUAUUCUACAUAAGUUUCAGGCAAGAAGGGAUAUCCCGUUCAGGAAGAAGUUCUUCAUGGGGUACGAUCUUCAUGGAAACACAUACUGGGAGUUCACGUUAGAUGGGAACAUGGGCCGCUUACGCCGUAAACUCGAGCCGUACCAGCAGUCUUUGUUCAAAACAGAUCACUUUGAAUCGGUUCCUCCGCAAUGGCACCAAUGGCUACGUCGUACCAGGCAGAAUGCCCCAACCUUGCAAGAGCUCAUUGAUGACCAGUUGAGGCAGCAGAGAAUAAAGAUUUUGGCUCAGCACGCGGAUCAGAAGUGGCAGAAUGAGAAAAUGAGACUCGAAAAUGAGAAUAGAAUGACGCUUCAGGCGGAGUUGGACAAAGUCGAGGAGGAGAAUAAAAAGUUUCAAGAAGAAGUGGAGAAGGUGAAGAAAUCGGCAGCUGAGUCUGAGUCUGCAGCACCAAAUUCUGAUGAUCCAUGGGCGCAGGCGGACGCUCAGGCAAAAUCUGAAGAGAGCCCAAUUGCAUCUGCAAGUAUCAAACCCAGGAAGUAA